GUAAUUUACUUCGUAAAUUAACCUUAAAACCAAAUAAAUCUGGCAGGUCCCAAGACGAAACCACAAACUCUUUCUUGACAAAUCCCGACUCAAUAAAUUCCACUAUAAAUAAUAAUAAAGAUGAUGCAAAACUACGAACUCCUAAUAAAGUAAAAGUAAAAUCGGAUCACAAAGGAAAAUAUAUUCCAAUUGAAAUUCCUAUUAGUAUUCAUCAAUUAGAGCAAAAGGUUGACGCCCUUGGUUCUCAAUUAAAUCAGAUUGAACAGAUGUUAAGCUCUUUGGUUCAAUCUCCUAAAGUUAUUAAUAGUAUCAAAGAUAAUUUGAAUAGUGUCAAAGGUGAUUUGAAUAGUGUCAAAGAUAGUUUGAAUAAUGACGAAAAGAAUAAUAAAAAGGAUAAUACUGAUGAAAGUAAAAACACAACCGAAGAGAAUUUAAAUUCUCAGGCAAAAAAUGUUACUCCUAAAACUUCUGAUAAUGAAGCUUCAAAAAAUUCAACAAAAACAAAUCACGAUCAUAUUCAUUACUGUAAUAAAUGCGAAGUUUGGGAAAGAUAUUCUAACGUCAACGUCGCUUUAAAAAGUUUAUUGGAAUUAAAAGAGGAAGAUUUUACUAGCGAGAUCUUUAAAGAGCUCAAAUCCCAUUUAAUGUCUAACGACCAUGUGGUAGCUGACGAUGGUGAUUUGUCUGCAUACUUGAAAAAACAUUUCUCUUCACUUACUUUUAUAAAAAGACUUGAUAUUCUUUACGAUAUGGCCACUGGUUUAUGUCAAAUUCAUAAAUCUGGACUCAUGCAUCGUGAUUUACAUAGUGGUAAUGUGAUGUGUCAACGACUAAAUGGUAGAGAUCCAGGCCGUGAUGAAGAAUAUCGAUUUGUGAUUG